UAUAUAACAAAUAAUUUGAGGUUCAAUGGUAACAUUACAAUGUUUUGCAAUCCCGGCCCUAAAUCACUGACAUUAGUAUUUUUAUUGCUAUCUCUCAACUCAGUGUCCAGCCUCACGAAAAAGUUUUACUAUGCUCCAGGAAUAGACGAUCAGCAAAUAACAUUCCGUUCAGAUUAUGCUAACACAAAGGUUUUACACAAUUUCCGUGAUGAGGUCGGCCACGACAGAGCUAACGUCAUCGCACUAGAAGAUGCAGGAUUUUACUCCCUCAAGGUUAUAAACGUUAACGGUUCCUUUGUGGACGACGUUUGGCUGUACCACGCUAUUCCCUCUUGGCUGUGCAAAUUCACUAUCGAGGACUAUCUUCUUGAACCAAUCCCGACAGAGUUCGUGUACAACAGAACAGCAGUGGUAGCGUGCACUAUCUUAGGUUCACCACAACCAACCUUUGUGUGGGAGAAAUACAACAGUGAGACUCAGAGAUGGAACUCUUUAUCCGACCUAGGACUGCUAGAUAGUUCGCGUUAUAUCCAGUCACAUGUUCUCGGACAUCUCUACAUUAAAUAUUUCAACAAAAAGGACACAGGACGGUAUAGAUGCCGCGCAUCUAACGAAUGCGGCGGGCGAUGCCCAAACGAACCACGCUGUUCCGAAGAGGACGUUAUCGGGGACCCAAUAUAUCUCCAACUGCGUGUCCCUGUGAAAACCGAGUCACCUAGUCAUUAUUUUCUAAAUCCUAUAAUCAACCAGUGCUGGGACACUGAAGGUAACUAUUUCACUGACGGAGCCGCCUCUAGGUUCUGCUCGGGUCUCAAAACCAAAGCCAGCCACAUUUAUAGUUUUAGCCAGUACACCUCAAUCAAUAGUACGGCUACUAUGGAAGCCUUUUUCGACUACGAGCGCAUGCAAAAUGAUGACGGGGACUACUUCCGUAUCGGAAGUGUGAGGUGGAACGAGUACGACAUUGGCAACUUUCACGUUCUUGAAGAUUACGAAGCUACCAGCGGUAUUUGUAUUGCAGAGAUUGAAGGAUUUAAAAGCAGCAACAUGAAGGAGUAUUAUUACUGUAAUGCUUAUUUUCCUAACGACCUUCUAAUGCAGGGACUAAGGUUUGAGUUCGUGAUGAAAGAAGCGCCCUUUAUCGGCCUACCACGUGGUGUACUGGCCAAGAAGAUGUCACGUGUUAUUGUGGCGUCCUACGGCUCUAAACAGAAUAUGGAGUUUACAAUAAAAAUAUCAAGCCCUGGAUUCACACAGAACAAAGUCCAUGACAAGUGGAAAUGUAAAUUUAACGGGGAGGACAUCGCCAGCCCUACCACUAAUUGGCAUAGAAGGUGCGCUUACAACGCCUCCAAUAAUGACAUAGUAACGUUCUCCAUUGACUACGUGGUGUUUGGGGAUGCUGGUUACUAUCAGAUAGUCGCUGGAAAUGACGAGGGCUGGGCUAUUGGACCCCCUAUCCUGCUUGUAGUAACAGGCACAGAACCGAACCAAGGACCAUACGUUUUAACGGAACUAGCCCGGACCACAAACAAAAUAACAGUCCGAUGGAACAGACCAAACUCCGGGUUCAACAGGGACCCUGUCUACGAGGUGUGGUGUCAGAAUAAGGACUGGGAUGAAGACCCUAUACGGUUAUUGGUAGCAGGGGUUGAAUGGACGGAACUAACGAACUUGAGGCCUGGUGUCCAGUACGCCAUUACAGUUUGGCUGAACGACGGUUUAGUAGCAGAUACCAAAGAAAUCCGCACUUUACCAAUACGAACAGAGGCUAUAGUGUCAUUCACCUGCACCUCAGGGGCAACUUACAUCAAGUGUCGCUGGGACAAACCUGAUCCCAGCACAUUCCACAGCCAGAAUCUUCAUUACGAAGUAGAGAUAAAAGACCCGAAGCGUAAGGACCGAAACACGACCAUAGUCCAAGACAAACUUGACACCAUUAUGUCCAACUUACGACCCUUUACGGACUAUAAAAUUAAGAUUAUCGCCUGCAAUAUCAAGGGAUGCGCAAAAGCACAAAAUGCAACAUCGUUCAAGCAGUUCAAAACUGAGGAAGAAUUACCAGGAAGAGUAGUGUUUGCGAAGGAGCCCCGACCCAAGCCAUUCUCCGUGUUCGUGGUGAUGAAGUACCCCAGCAUCCUCCCCGGGGUCCUGGAGACAGAGGUGGUGAGGUAUGAGGAGGAACACUACAAGAAGAUACGGGAUGAACUCAAAGCUAAAGAGAAUAAGCGGGGUAAGAACGAUAUCAUAGUGCAGAACAUUCUGUUAGUUGGUAACGAGACUGCGUCAAGUAAUGACUCCACGGUCCCGCUGAGACAUCUGUUUGAUGACGAGGAAUUUGAAAUAGUGGGACUAGACCCCUCAACCACUUAUUGGAUGAAGUUUAGAUGGAAAACUGGAGCUGGGCCCGGCCCUUUUACCCCUUACAUGAAGAUUCGUAUAGGAAGGUAUAUCAACUACAAGCAGAUAGUAAUAGGCUGCAGCAUAGCUGCAUUCUUUGCAAUCCUCGCUGCUGGUUUCAUCUUCUACGUUAACAGGAGGUGGCCAGGGCUGGCGAAGGUUGUAUUCCAGAAAAUAAGAGAUUACAUAAAUCCAUCCUACAUGGCUCCAAUAGAUCCACUGGACGCUUUUCAUAUGCAAACGGAGGACGAUCCCAAUAUUGUUUACGAGUUCGACAUGACUCAAAACGACAUCUGAUCCAGCAGUAGCACAGUGAUCACAUCACUUUCUCUUUCUCUCCGCCUGAUCCAUCACGAGAUCCCUCAACACUGCAACACACAAUCUUACAGAUCGAAUCGAUCAAAUCUGUCCUAUAUCAAGAUGUAAAAACAAAAAUGGUUAAACGCGAUGGUCAUUAACAAUUAUGGUUCAGACAAUCUUAGGCUGGUUCACGCCCACGACCCCAAGGCCGCCAGAUAGACCUCCAUUCAUGUGAAAAAAAUCUUGUAUUAUAUUUACCAUAUGAAAAGAACUCAAUUUUUAAACAUAGGUUUAAGUUCUUUAAUGUGAGAUGAGUUUGCAUGCAACAUUAUAUUAUAUAGCUAUAGAAGUAAAUAUCAAAAUCAAGUCACGAAAAAUCGUGGACCAAAUUUAUCAGCUCAGUUAUUUCGAUGCAAUAUGGCUGCUCAUCAUAUGUGUACAUUUGUGAUUGUUUCCGUUUGAAUGUAAUGUUACGCGUUAUGAUUUCAGCUGUUAGGGAUUACAAUAAAAAGGUUUAUGAGGCCUUGUAAGGGACUUUAAUGGAACCAUAAGGUGAAGUCAGCGGUCAAUACAGAGUCAGGUUUAUUUGAUCAAACUUUUCAAAAUUAUCUGACUUUGUCCUUUGAGUUAACAUUUCUAGACAUGUCAAACGAUUUCUUAGUUUAAAGUUAAAUGAUUUCUUGUUGGCUCCACCUUUAUGGCUAGAAUACUAGUUAAAUUAUUUUCAUUUUUCUUUAGAUCUUUAGAUCACACCUCUGGAAUUUAAAGGAAUAAUUCCAUUUUAACGCGAUUACUAUGUUUUCUUUUUCCUUUUAACCUAACAAACCCCUACAUUUCAGCUUUUUAGGCAUAUUUGUGAUAAUUUGACAUAUUUUUAAUGGAGCGAGGGAUAUAGAAACUAACAAGACAAAUAUAAACGUACGCGUAUGAGAUUCUUGUGAAUGGAAACUGAAUUGCAAAACCAGUCCUGGGUUAAUUUGAGAGGAAAUCUCACCCUUUCAAUCUCCUUGCUUACAUUUAUUUGAAGCACAUCUUUAGAUUGGUACAUGAAUAUUUGGGAGAAUUCAGAUUGGUAACAGCAUUCUAAACAGUUUGAGUUUCUAAGAGAUGAAAGAAAUAUAUAUUCAACGAAAUCAGCCGAUUUUCACAAAAUUUUGAUAAUUUUAGACCCUAAAAUCAAUGAACUGUUGUCAGUUCUUUGGGUUUUUUAAUUGGUUUAGAUGUAAAUUAUUUUAAACAGAAUAUAUUUCCGUUAUUUUUUCAGUUUAGAUGUUAGUACUCAAACUCAUGAUACAGGUUUUCAAAUCAACCCUAAUCGGAAACUACAAAAAUCCGCAGAAAUCUUUUUUUCCCAAAUUUACACCUGAACAUGUCCAAUUUUGAAAUUGUAAACCAUUUUCUGUCUACCACUCGAGGUUAACGUCACCAUGGUUGGUUCAAUAAACUGAUAAGUUUUGACACCCAAAUUAGUCGAUAACAAAAUCAUAAUGUUCUUAUGAGGCUUAGUCUAUUUCUGCCUGGUGCAAAAUUCAACUGUUAUUAAUUAAGACUAAUUCUUAUCUUAUCUUUAUCACCUUAUCUCUAGAAUUGUCGCGUCAAACAAGCAGAUUGUUAUUGGUUUCGUCUAGGUCAAGGGCAACCAAGCAUCAUAAACUGUUUGCUCCAAGCGCAGUGUUACAUUUCUUCCUUUGAUGGGUGAUUACUUCAUCUUUGAAAAGCGCAGCAUAACAUUUCUUCCUUUGAUGAGUGAUUACUUCAUCUUUGAAAAUUUUGAAAGCAUAAACGGAAGAUAAUUUUAGGUUUAUUGGCCACAAGUCGUCUAGUUCCGCCCAAAAAUUUGAAGAAAAUGUGAGUUUGAGCACUCGAUAUGAUACAUUACUGAAAAUAAUAUUCCUCAACCUUAAACAAGCAAAUAAAUAUUCGUUACCCCGAUUCAGUGAUGUAUGUAUAUCUUCCGUUUUAAUGUAUAAUGAAUGAUGAUCAAUGUCGAGGUUUAAAUCUUUUACCAUAUUGAUAUCUGCUAAAUCGCAAUAAUAGUUUACAUAGUAAACUCUGCCUAUCAUAUUAUGACGAUUGUAGACAUUUUACAGAUUUUAUGUCUUUAGCCAUGAAAACACGCUGAUGAAGCUAUUCAUUUUUAUUAAUUUAUUCUCUGGAGUUUAGUCAGUCCUGACUGUUUUGAAAACUAGUUACUUGCUCUCUGGUCCUUCCUUUAGCUAUAGUUGAAAUCUAGGAAUUCGGCUUUCUUUGAGAUAAGUCUUAGUAUAUCGGUGUUAAUUGAUUGUCUUUUAUUUCACCUUAAAUUACUUUUUAGUGGCGUAAAUUUAAUUAUUUUCUGGUAUAUCAAAGUGCAUAUUCCUUGCGUGUCAUUGAAGUGAUAUUAAUUGAGCAAUGUAACUGAAGACUGAAUUUUGUAUCUUUUCUAUUUUCUCUGUACGA